AUGUUAAUCUAUCUAUCUAUCUAUCUAUCUAUCUAUCUAUCUAUCUAUCCUUCUAUCUAUCUAUCUAUCUAUCUAUCUAUCUAUCUAUCUAUCUAUCUAUCUAUCGUAAGCUUCUAUCUAUCUAUCGUAAGCUUCUAUCUAUCUAUCGUAAGCUUCUAUCUAUCUACCUAUCUAUCUAUCGUAAGCUUCUAUCUAUCUAUCUACCUAUCUAUCUAUCGUAAGCUUCUAUCUAUCUAUCGUAAGCUUCUAUCUAUCUACCUAUCUAUCUAUCGUAAGCUUCUAUCUAUCUAUCUACCUAUCUAUCUAUCUGCUUACACGCUUUCAUCAGUCGCUCAAAUUGCUAUCAUACCCACAGACAUACACACUUAUCUAUAUGUAUAUACAUGGAGACAAAUCAUAUAUACACCUGAAUAUCUAUCUAUCUAUCUAUCUAUCUAUCUAUCUAUCUAUCUAUCUAUCUACACGUGUGUUAGAUCUAUCUAUCUAUCUAUCUAUCUAUCUAUCUAUCUAUCUAUCUAUCUAAGAACAUAUUACAAGUUUCUAUUUAAUUCUCACAAAUGCGGAACGUUAAUUUUUUUUAUUGCUUUCAUGUUCUCUAUCAACAUUAAUAUCUAUCUAUCUAUCUAUCUAUCUAUCUAUCAGAUGUUCUUUCUGCCAUCAUCUAUUAUCUAUCUUCUAUUUUCAUCUGUUUAUCUGUCUUUGUUAAUAUUUUUUCCUCUGUUAAUCUAUCUAUCUAUCUCGUCCACUGUAUCUCCUUAUACUCCACCGUGUCUCCUUAUACUCCACCGUGUCUCCUUAUACUCCACCGUGUCUAAACACACUUUCUAUGCUUUCUAUAUCAUGUAUUUAUUGAUUUACCCUAUCCUAUCUAUCUAUCUAUCUAUCUAUCUAUCUAUCUAUCUAUCUAUCUAUCUAUCUAUCUUAUUUUGUUCACAUAUCUCUCCCUCUAUCAAUCUCUCUGUUUUUCUGUAUCUCCAUCUAUCUAUCUAUCUAUCUAUCUAUCUAUCUAUCUAUCUAUCUAAAUUUGUUCAUUAA